AUGGGCUGGGUACAUAAUGCCUCCCCCGAGAUUGAAGCUGCCUCGCAGUACCGUCUCAUUCUGGGUGUAUGUUUAAGUCUCACCAUUUUGAUGGUUUGCACGGUUUCCCUGCGACUUUUUCUUCGAGCGCGAGCCAGUCGAUGGGCGGCGGCAGACUAUGUGAUGGUUGUUAGUAUGGCUUUUAGUGUGAUAUACAGUGCACUCUGCAUUUCUCAAAGCCGAUAUGGGCUAGGGCUGCCGUUGAAGCAACGGCCAGCAGCAAAUUACUCUACAUAUACGAAGAUUAAUUACGCAGGACGACCAUUUUACCAGAUUGGGAUCGCAGGGUUCAAGGCUUCGCUUUGCCUUAGCUAUCUGCGGCUGAUCUCUGGAACCUCAAAGCGUCUUUACCGAAUUGUGAUCUGGAUUGUGAUCGCGGCGUCUACGUUGGGUCAUAUCGCUGGUGCUUUGAGCCUGCUGUUCAAUUGCACACCGAUCCGACGAUCAUGGAACGCCCAUGUACCAGGCACAUGUCUUCCCGUGGGAGGCCUGUUCUACGGUCUCGCGAUUUACACCAUCAUCACCGACGUGACCAUCAUCGUGCUUCCCAUCCCAUUGCUCCUUAGCCUGAAUAUCAAAACUGCACAGAAGGCCGGUGUUGUGUGCCUUUUCCUCCUCGGUCUCUUCACCACAGUCUGCUCGAUCAUGCGGCUAACUCAGAUACAACGUGUGGCAUUCGGAGAUGGAAACUCAACAAUGCUUGUGUUAUGGGGAACGAUCGAGUUCAACGUGGGCAACAUUGUCACUUGCAUUCCAUAUCUGGCACCUCUACUCAAAGGCUUCGUGCGAGGACUCGGUCCAACCAGUGACAGAAGCAAGAAUUAUUACUAUGACAGCCAAGGCAAAGGCUACUUGAUGGGGAAUUGGUCGAAGGAUCGGCAUUCGCACAUGCAGUCAACUGCUUCCGGCCGUCCACAGCUAAAGCGAACACCAAGCGAGGAGCUCAUUUUGGCUAGUCAGGAGCCCGAUCAUGGGGGCAUCAGUGGCCUCGUACUGGCCCAGUACCUUCAGCGCCAUGAUGUCGCGUUCAAGAUCUUCGAUCGCGACUCCGCAAUUGAUGCCCGUAGUGGUGGAUGGGGUUUGACGCUGCAUUGGUCACUCCCCGCCCUGCGUGAAUUAUUGCCGGAGCACCUGGUCGAGCGGUUCCCGGAAACCUUCGUCAACAAAGAAGCUUCCGCCCGUGGCGACGUCGGUCGCUUCCAGUUUUUCGACCUCAAGUCGGGAGACGCAUUAUAUAAUAUCCCCGCCGCGGAGCGCAUUCGCGUCAGUCGCGUUCGCUUGCGACAGUUACUGAGUACCGGCGUGGAUGUUCAAUGGAAUAAAAACCUUCGAAAUAUCGAGUCUACAGCCGAUGAAAUCACAGCGCACUUCGAGGAUGGCACAUCUCACACCGGGCGGCUACUGGUCGCAUGCGAUGGUUCACGGUCGCGUGUCCGCGAGAUCCUCUAUCCCAACGUACAGAUGAACCACUUGCCAGUGCAGCUUCUAGGUGCCUCGACAUUGUACAGCGCCGAGGAGAUGGGCGGCGUUGAGUCAAUCGAUCCUUUCAUCUUUCAGGGCUCGCAUCCUGAAUCGAACGUGUUUUUAUUCUUCAGCUUUCUGGAUACUCCAAACAAUUUCGAGAAUAGUAGCAAGGACCGUUACCACUGUCAAAUCAUCAUCUCCUGGGCGGAUUCGAAGGGAAUCCCUGUCCCAGACACGAAUGCCGAGCGCCUCGCGCUCAUGAAGAAGUUGACUGAUAAUUGGUCGGAACCAUUUCGAUCGCUGGUGCAAAAGCUUCCCCACGAUGUCGAAGUGCGAUCGAUUCGCGUGGAAGACUGGAUGUUCAGCCUGGGCAGGGCGCAUGCGCAUCCUCGGGCGGUGUUGAUGGGUGAUUCGGCUCACACAAUGACCAUGUUCCGCGGAGAAGGCGCCAAUAACGCGAUUGUCGAUGUGUUGGAUCUCGUCACGCGUGUCGAUAUGCGCCAGCCAAGUUCCUUCGAUUCCAAAGCCUUGCUAUCCUCUCUCGCAGCAUACGAGAACGAUGUCUUCGCCCGAGCCGAGCCUAGCUUCCUCAACUCUAGACAGGCAUGCUUGGAUGCUCAUGACUUUUCCAAAAUCGAAGGAAGUCCGCUGGUUGGAUUGCGGGAUUUGAAAAAAUCCGACUGA